UCUGAAUAAUUACUGGGUAUGUGCAAAUAGAGCGCACCAAUACCUGUUCCCUCACUUCUGUUGCCAAACACGAGAAGAACAGUUUCACAGUCAACGUCCUGACCAAAAAAAACACAGUCGGACUUUUCCUCUUUCUGCCUUCCAAACACUCCUACCUGCGUGGCCAGCCUGUAAGACAACUUCCCAGGCUGUAAGACAACUUCAAAACCCCAUGUUAAUCCAUACUAUGGGGACCCAGCUACAGGCGAUGAGAGGAACCAGUUCGACAAGUCUUUAUGUAAAAGACAAGCAUCACCGAGUGCCAACCAGUAGCAUUUCGCUGAAUACAGUCAUAUGGAGAGCACUGUCCUAUCAUUAGUCGACGUGUGUCCUUAUAUUUCUGGCUAGCAAUACACUUUUUGAGAAACUUUGUCAAACAACCUUUCGACACUGGAUCCAACUGACUGACGCUUGUAAACAUGUAAUCCCCGUGGCGACGACGUCCAUGUCAUCUUCUUCACAUUGUGCUGUGCCUCAAGGAGACAAUUUGAAUCUGCCAAUCAAGUGUUUUUACGGAUGAACCCAGAUAUCAGAGAGUGUGAAUAUUGCUUCUUCGUGGUUGACGGAGCUACAAAUAAACAUGCACUUUCGGUACCCUCCUUUUCGCACUUUCGGUAGACCCAAAAAGAUCACUCUGACUGUGACCUCGGACCGGUUUAUGUCAAAUGAACAUAUUGAACAGAAGACCUGAUCUGAUCUGAUUGCUUGUGACAGAGAGGACAGAGACGAUGAAAAAGUAGUUGCGGGUUUAAAUUCUCCCAGCCCUUUUCGAAAAUCCUACUAAACAGUGUACCAUGGACUGCAAUGGUUUCCAAUGAGCGUGCGUAUUGGGUGAGCGAACAUUAAGGAUUCAAGACUCUCUGGACCUUUUCUUCCAAGGUUAGGGUCACUUACAGCUGGACUAAGACAGAACACGAACUCCUGACAACAAUUAUGGAAGCAAACGACGUUGAGAGGACAAAUGUAACGUCCUCACUAAAGGCAGCUAGAGGCAUUUUGCUAACCCUGAUGUCGUCCAUCUCUAUUUCCUUCUGUGCAGAAUUCAUGGCAAACAAGGAUGGCAUUCCGAGCUUCCAAAUUCUCUUCCUAAUGCGACUGACCGAGCUCCUAGCACUUGUACCUAUUCUAGCAUUCUGUCGGCCUAGGUUAACGGGCAAAAACAGACGUGAGAACAUUAUGUUGUUCAUUUUCGUGAUUGUUUCAAAUGCAGCUAACAUUUUGCACUUCUUGUCUUUUACCUACACAGUUCCUGGCAUUUCGUUUGGUAUCAUACAAGGUUCGAUGCCUUUCUUUGUCGCAUGUAUCGGUUUUUUGGUCUUGAAAGAAUCUCUGGGUAUUCCAGACGUCUGUGCAAUUCUAAUUAGCGUAACUGGCGUUGUUCUGUUGUCGGUAGGUAUGACACAGGUAGGCACAUCGUCCACUAAGCUACUCGUAUUGUCAAUCGUCAUUCCUGUACUUGCUUCUUUGGUCUUUGCACCGGAUAUGGUUAUUAUGCGGUACCUUACAGGCACGCUAGGGGUGCCAAUAGUUACAGCUUUGCUGUAUCAAACUUUAUUCGGGACGGCAGUGCUACUUGCUAUAACCUAUUCAGUAGAGACUCCAGUCUGGACAAUGGCGACGCGUACAGCAUUAUACGUGGUAGGAGUCGGGGUGAGCAAAUUCGUUGCCAACUUUACUAUAUUGUCAGCCUUGAAAGUGGUGAAGGCAUACAUCUCGACAUCAGUCCGCAUGUUUGCCAUACCCUUCUCGCUACUGCUGGAUUACUUGUUGAUGCAGAAAGUACCGAACUCCCUCCAGGCGGCAGGCGUGGUGUUGGUGAUGCUGGGAAUAGUGUUGAUUAGCGUGUACACAUGGUGGAGUCAUCGAAGGGUGGAUCUCCAAAGGACUCUCCUUAAAGAACUCCAGUUUGAUACUAACGAAAAAUAAUGCAAAUUUAAGACAAAUGCAUACAGAACAAGACUGCUAUGGCCUACGUCACCUUUCUACCUGUUGCUUGACAUUGUUGUUUACGAAUCUAAAAAAUCAGUUGUUUUUGGUAUGUUUUGUAUUCUUAUUGUCUUUCAUAUAGUACUUUUUGUUCCCCAAAACUCUGUUCUGAUCAAUAUUUGACCCAUUGCGUCACACUAUAAGAUCGCCAGGUGUCCACUAUGAGCUCAAGUUGGUUAAGCAAUGUACAGUAGAAGGCAGUUAAUUGCACAACUGAUUACCGCAAACUUUUUUUUAUUGAACGGAAUCCCUAAACCCCAAACCGGUGCUGUCUAGCUGGAUAAUUUCGCAUUGUUGCACAACCCGAAUAAUUGUACGAAAUACACUGACAAAGGGGUGUGUAUUUAAACGGCUUCUACUGCACAUAUAUAUACCUUGACAUUUGAUUUGAUUCCUUAAGCUGUAUACAACUUGUAGCCGGACCUGCCCAAGGCUACUACAAAGAACAAUAGAUAAUAUAUGAUAGCAUCAUGUGAACGAGACACAUGGGACAUAUCACAAAGGACUGUGUAUUAGGCCCAUCACCUCCAACCAGGACCCACUAGAAACUAACGAGAAGGCCGUGGCCUGGCUGCAGUACUGGCACGGAACGAUAGGAUGAUGAUGUAAAAGAGACAUAAUUUGAAUACUCAAUUGACUGUUUUUUUUUACUAGUUCUAAUGUGUGUAAACGUGGAUGUACAGAAUAUAAAACAUCGGUGACACAUCAGCAGUUCCGAACCUGUUACCUCUGGGGUCUGGGUCAAACACCAUACCGAUUAUGGUGCACGAUGCCACUGUGAUACUUCUGUGAUUAUUGUCGGAGAUGGUAUUACUAAGGUUAUGGAAGAGCAGUUGUAUUUGAUUUUUAAAUUUACAGUUGAUAUAUUUUAGAGAAAUUCCUUUUGCAAUUCAUCAUUGCCAUCGUUCGUUGCACCAAUGAUAUAAUUCAAUGAAUGAAUGACCUUUAUGCUCUAACAGGCUAAGUACAGGUCGUAUCGCUAGUGAUAAGGUACAAUUUUGACAAAAAGGGUAUCUUAUCAUCUCUACAUAUGCUAAUACAUUCAAGUAUGUAUAUGAAGACAAUGUUAUAUUGUGCCAAUGUAAUCAAUACAUUAUAUGGUGGACAAUAAAUUACAUUGACAGAUAUUGAAAAUAUAUCUUAAUCUCCUAUCUCGAUAAUAUAAUUCUUAGGUGCAUCCGAGCGCAGAUAGUUUCAUUUCGAUGUGCGGUUGUUUUUCGAUCCAUUCUGACACAAUUGAAGAAAUGCAUGUGAUGGCACUCAAUUUUGCCAUACAUAUUUAUUUACCAUAGUUUAUUGCCCAAACCUGCGUUGAUCUGACAGCAAUACAUAAUACUAAGGGA